AGAUCGUUGAAUACAUUCAAAUAUGAUUAUUGAUCUAAAGAUUCUUGCGUGUUUGGCAUUGUGUGUUGUCAUGGUACAAGGGAGACAUCUGGAUCUCUCUGAUAUUACACGAGAAUUACUUAUGGAAGCAUUGUUCGAACGGGACUACUAUGGGAAAGUUCCUAACCAAACGAAGAAGGACUAUGAGGGGAAAGGGAAAGUGCCUUAUAUUAUAAAGAAGGACUAUGAGGGGAAAGGGAAAGUGCCUUACAUUAUAAAGAAGGACUAUGAGGGGAAAGGGAAAGUGCCUUACAUUAUGAAGAAGGACUAUGAGGGGAAAGGGAAAGUGCCUUACAUUAUAAAGAAGGACUAUGAGGGGAAAGGGAAAGUGCCUUAUAUUAUGAAGAAGGACUAUGAGGGGAAAGGGAAAGUGCCUUACAUUAUAAAGAAGGACUAUGAGGGGAAAGGGAAAGUGCCUUACAUUAUGAAGAAGGACUAUGAGGGGAAAGGGAAAGUGCCUUACAUUAUGAAGAGGGAUCCGGAAGGAGCAACACUAGAGAGAGGAAAAACCCAAGCACUGGCAGAUUUUGAAAGAGAAACGUCUUGGUCAAACAAAAAUGGAGAAACGUCUCAAAAAACUUUACUUCACCACAUUAAGGAUUUCGUUGGGGGCGAUUGCGGCGAAUUAUUUAAAAACACAUACUAUGGUCUUGUAGGAAAGAAGAAAGAAGAUCAAUAUACUGAUACUGAUUUAGCUACAGGGGUCAGCCGCAAACGUGCAAAAGAAGAAGAAACGGACGCAAAAAUAUUAUUGGAUGCAUUGACAGUAGCGGCCGCAGAUGCCCAUGAUUGCUUGCUUGGUCAGCAAGAUGCUUUUGUUGGGGACGGAAGGGAAACAGUUGAUGAUGUGGCAACCACGGACACUCCUGUGUUUUCGAGGAAGGCUACAUUACAAGGAGAUUGGAAUUAAAAGUUGACAACUUACACAUUUUCUUUUUAUCUUAAAUAUAAAUAAAAACAUCUUGAAAUAUGUGUAUAACCUUAUAUUAUUCACAUGAUCACUUUAAUCUUCAACGUAUGCUAAAUUGAAAACAGGAGUUAUUAUUUUAAAGGUUUCAACAAAUUUUGACUGGUGUAUUCUUUAUUUUCAUGUUAGAAAGAAGAAAAGAAAACACUUCAACACUUUGUCAUGGUUCAAAGUGAUUGUAAACAUCUUAAACCUUCAAUCUUGUUCGUGGACAUUUAUUUAUUAAUCAUCUUUUAUAUAAUUGAUAAUAAGUUGCAAACAAUGUAUUAAUACGUUCACAAUUUACCAAUACUAACUGUAUAACGCCAAUUGCAUAACGAAUAUUUAAGCGUAUACAAAUGCACUAUGUAUGACUAAUCAAACCCAGUAAUAUUUAAUUCUCCUUUUUUGCAGAUAAAUCAAAGACGAAGGAACCGUUGCAGAAAAUACACCUUCGACUACAAAUAACACAAAUAUCAUGCUUCAAAUAUUGUAAAAUUAAACUUAUGAACUGUUGAGACUGUGA